CGGGGCCUGCUGGCGGAAGGGGAAGUGAGGGGGGGCAGGCGACGGUGGGGAAGAUGGCGUACCAGAGCUUGCGGCUGGAGUACCUGCAGAUCCCACCGGUCAGCCGCGCCUACACCACGGCCUGCGUCCUCACCACCGCCGCCGUGCAGUUGGAAUUGAUCACACCUUUUCAGUUGUACUUCAAUCCUGAAUUAAUCUUUAAACACUUUCAAAUAUGGAGAUUAAUCACCAAUUUCUUAUUUUUUGGGCCAGUCGGAUUCAAUUUUUUAUUUAACAUGAUUUUUCUAUAUCGUUACUGUCGAAUGCUAGAAGAAGGCUCUUUCCGAGGUCGGACAGCAGACUUUGUAUUUAUGUUCCUUUUUGGUGGAUUCUUAAUGACCCUUUUUGGUCUGUUUGUGAGCUUAGUUUUCUUGGGCCAGGCCUUUACAAUAAUGCUCGUCUACGUGUGGAGCCGAAGGAACCCCUAUGUCCGCAUGAACUUCUUCGGCCUUCUCAACUUCCAGGCCCCCUUUCUGCCCUGGGUGCUCAUGGGCUUUUCCUUGUUGUUGGGGAACUCAAUCAUUGUGGACCUUUUGGGUAUUGCAGUUGGACACAUUUAUUUUUUCUUGGAAGAUGUAUUUCCCAAUCAGCCUGGUGGAAUAAGAAUUCUGAAAACACCAUCUAUUUUUCCUAGAAUCAGCUGUUUCUUCAAGGAGCCCUGGUUCCUUUAAAGUGGAGAAUGGUAUUUAGAAGCCAAGAUCUGGGUGCUAGAUGUGCUCAUUGCUAUUGGAGUGUUGCUAUUCCCAGAUCCUCUCAGUGAACAGAGCAGUGGAAUUAUAUGUAUGUAUGUAUGAUAAUGUAUACAAAUGUAUAUUUUUAGAUCUAUGUAUUUUUAAAAACAUGGGUUUAUACUAUACUCCCAUUUCUAGUACUACCUCAUGGUUCGUUCUAGCUUUUUUCCUAUUUGUUUCCUCCAGUAUUUUAUUAUGAAAAUUUCCAAACUUAUAGGAAAUCAGAAAAAAAUUGGAGUGAGCUUCAUGUAGCCACCACAUAGAUUCUGUAAUUAAUAGUUCCCUAUUCUUUUUGCACACCUACCCCUACAUCUAGCUUUCCAAUCCAAAAUGUAUGUGCCAUUAUAUGUAUACUUAAUUCCUUGUAUACUUGAGUAUGCAUAUCAGUAACUAGAGUUCAGUAUUUAUGUGCAACAAAAUCUUGAGUAUGUCAACUGAGUUUCUAUAAAUGCACACUUCUGUGUAUCUAUCAAGACAGAAAAUUACCAUCAAUCAGAACGUUCCCUGAUAUCCUUCCUUGUCAGUCAUUGCACCUGUCCCCCAAGAAGCAAUUGCUAUUCUGAUUUUGUUCCUCUGUAGAUUAGUUUUUCAUGUUGUGCAGCUUCAUGAGUAGAAUCGUACAGUAUGCAUGUACUCUUUGGUAAAAGGCUUCUCUCAUUCAACAUAAUGUUUUUGAGACUCAUCUGUGUUCUUGUAUUUAUUGGUAAUUUGUUCCUUUUUAUUGCUGAGUGUUAUUUGGUUGUGUGAAUGUACCACUGCUUUCCAUCUGCCCUUUCCAUCUGUCCUAACCUGAUUCUUAUUAUGAUUAAUGUUUUACCUACCUAAUUACCACUCAUAUGUAACCAGUCUUUUGUGAUAGUCUCCACCUCCCCCAUAUGGAUGCCUUGCUCAUCUCACUCACCCUCAGAUUCCCCAGACCAGGCUGCCCUCUUACGGGGAUGCCUCCCCACCCUACUCAGGCUAACAUCUCGUCGGGCCACCUCCAUGUGUGCAUGGUCUGAUGGGGCUCUUGACUCCCUAUACCAGGCUGUGCCCCCACCCCCAUCCUGCUAAUGUUUGGGCAGUAGAAGGGGUCUCAGUUUUGUUUUUGUUGUCAUUGCUACGGAUGCUCACUCUGUUGCCCAGGCUUGAGUUCAGAGGCUCAGCCUCGGCUCACUGCAACCUUC